GUGGAUGCUUUUGUGUUGACUCUGUAGCUAGUUAGCUAACUACCAUAACCUUGUUUUCUCUCAAUACCUCUGGUAUUUAUAUUUAUUCGAAUAGCUUCAUAUACAGUAAAUGCUACAACUUAAAUCUCGAUAUGAUAAAAAAUGUAUUAGGACCGCCAUGGAGAGAGACAGUAGCUAGCCUGCUAACGUAAGCUAGAUAGCUUCCUAGCCUUUUGCUAGACUGGAUCGUAACACUGACUCACCUGAACAAAAGUAGCUAAACGUUACCAACUCUUAACUGUAGCUAGCUACACAUAGACAGUUUGCUAUGAUGUCUGAAGCCAUCGUAACCUUCCAGUCUCAGCUCUCCGGAGUCAUGGAGACGGUAUUCAAGGCUGCUAUGUACGAGAUCACCAGGCUGGUGGAGGAUAGCUUCCUCAAGGAGGUGUCCCGGAGUCGGGAGCAGGUCGAGUCACUGAAGAAGCGGCUGCAGUUGUCGGAGAACAGACGUAGGGAUGGGGACAGAGAGGUCGGCCGUACGGGGAAGUGUGCGGACUGUGGGAGAGUUGACGAGGAAACCGAGGAGAGAAGCUCUGGAACCUCACAGACAGGUGUGGAGAGGGGGCGUGGCCUGAAGCAGGAGAAGGUACAAGGGGAGGAGUGGAGCAGCUGUGGGGGCGUGGCCAGGGAAACAACCUUCAAUGAUCUGGAGGAGGCUGAGGCCACCAGCCCUAGGAGAAUCUCUGAGUCCACAGAGGUCGGAGGUCAGAAGUUGGACAGUCUGCUGAAAGAGGAGGCUCUCCACAACACUGAGCUACAGGAGAGAUGGGAGUUCUGCCUGGAUGGGGCCGAUGGUUCAGACGUCUCGGGGCCCAGUAAGAGUUUUAUUCAGCAGGAUCUACAGCGGUGCCAGGAUGACUGGGCUUCUGGUCUAGACCAGGGGCCUGAACCACCAGGCCCCGAGGGAGAGCCAGAGGACCCCACCGACCCUCUCUACCGCCCUCGUUACAGCAUGGAGGACCUUGGGGGAGCCUUUGAAAAGUCUGGUUACAGCGGUGCUGGUGGGAGCGACCAUCUUCUAGACAUGGAAGGGCUGGAUAGGCUUCCUGGUUCUCCGUCUCGUCUGGGAGCGCUGAGCUACGGAGCUGCAGGUCACUACCAGGUGGACCUGGGGAGGUCUGAGGGGGGAGACCAUCACCAUCGCUCCCACAUGCCUCGCCCCAUCAGAGCCGGAGGGAGCAGGUGGGGUCGCCAACGCCAUCCCCCCACCCGGAGGUGGGAGACCGGAACUGCCUAUUGAUAAACGAGGAGGGGUACCUGCAGGACUCCAGUGUCUUGUACCCAGAACACGGUGUCCCAGAGUCAGGUAGCAGAGCCGGCCACAGGGGGCUAACCUCCAUCCACUCUGGAAGCUCAGCCCACAACAACAACACAGAGAGCCUGUAUGAUGCCGCUGACGACUUUGGACUCUCUUUAAACCUCAGAGAUCGUUCACAAGAGCAGGUAACAGGAGGAGGGGGAGGC